ACUCGUCUUUUCAGAGCUCCUCCCAGUCCUCCAGCAGCUACGCCGCACACAACGCCAAACUCAACAGACGAGAAGGGGCGGGCGGCUGGUCUCCGCUGGUGACGGACCAGGAGCCGUGGCUUCAGGUGGACCUCCGGGAGCAGAUGGAGGUGACGGCGGUGGCCACACAGGGGCGCUAUGACAGCUGGGACUGGGUCAGCAGUUAUGUCCUUCUGUACAGCGACACGGGCCGAGGCUGGAAACAGCACAGACAGGAGGACGGAGUCGGGAGAUUCUCGGGGAACGUGAACUCCGAGGCCGUGGUGGUGAACAAGCUGAGCCACUCCAUAAAAACUCGAUUUCUGCGUUUCGUUCCUUUCACCUGGAACCCGAGCGGCUGGAUGGGGCUGAGGGUGGAGGUGUACGGCUGCACCUACAAGUCGUUCGUGGCCGACUUUGAUGGAAGGAGCUCGCUGCUGUAUCGGUUUAACCAGAAGUCCAUGUCGACAGUGAAAGACGUGAUCUCUCUGCGCUUCAAGAGCCAGCGGUCCGAGGGCGUCCUGCUGCACGGGGAGGGUCAGAGGGGGGAUUACAUCACUCUGGAGCUGCACCGCGGACGACUGGACCUCUACCUCAGCUUAGAUGACAGCGGUGGCGGCAGACAGAGGUCCGGCGUGAACAGACUUGUUGCCGUGACGGUGGGCAGUCUCCUGGACGACCAGCACUGGCACGGCGUCCUGAUCGAGCGCUUCAACAAACAGGUCAACCUCAGCGUGGACGCGCACACGCACCACUUCACCACCAGGGGGGACGGCCAGUCACUGGAGGUGGACUAUGAGCUGAGUUUCGGCGGUAUUCCUCUGCCCGGUAAACCUGGUACAUUCCUCCGAAAGAACUUCCACGGCUGCAUGGAGAACCUGUACUACAACGGGAUCAAUAUCAUCGAUCUGGCCAAGAGACGCAAGCCGCAGAUACACAGUGUGGGGAACGUCACCUUCCAGUGCUCUGAGCCGCAGUCUGGCGCCUGCACCUUCCUGAGCUCCAGCAGCAGCUUCCUGUCUCUCCCGUCUCCCGCGGCGUCGGCUCCUCCGGGGGGGUUUUCCGCGCACUUCGGCUUCAGGACGUGGAACGAGGCCGGGCUGCUCCUGUCGGUGCCGCUGAGUCCGGACCUCCAGAGGCUGGACCUACGCCUCAGCGGGUCUCGACUCCUUCUGACCCUGCAGACCUCCUCCAGGCACAAGUCAGAAGUGUUCAGUGGUCACUCUCUGAACGACGGGCUGUGGCACUCUGUGCGUUUGGACUCAAAGAACCUGCAGAUCACCUUAUCCGUCGACAAGGAGCCACACUCCACUGUGGAAUUAUGGGAAAAACUGGAAGUCAAAGGGAAUGUGUAUUUUGGAGGCUGUCCGUCGGUGGAGUGCCCGCUCUCCACUCCGGCGUUCCAAGGCUGUUUGCAGCUCAUAUUCAUCAACAGUCAGACGAUGGACCUCAGUCACGUACAGCAGGGGCUGCUGGGAAAAUAUAAUGAGCUUCAGUUUCACACGUGCAACAUAAGAGACAGGUGUCUGCCUAAUCUGUGUGAACACGGCGGCCGCUGCUCUCAGACGUGGAGCUCGUUCUCCUGUGACUGCUCGGGAACAGGGUACUCCGGCGCCACCUGUCAUAACUCCAUCUAUGAAGCGUCUUGUGAGGCGUACAAACUGAUCGGGAGCUCGUCGGGCUUUUACUCCAUUGAUCCUGAUGGGAGCGGCCCCCUGGGGGCUGCACAGGUGUACUGCAACAUGACAGAGGACAGAGUGUGGACAGUGAUCUCACACAACAGCACUGCCCCCGUCACAGUUCAGGGCUCCUCCGUCCUAAAGCCUCACGUUAUCAAACUAAACUACAGCGUCUCCACGCCGCAGCUGCACGCCAUCGUGGAGGGCUCCGAGCACUGCCAACAGGAAGUGGUCUACAACUGCAGGAAGUCCCGCCUCUUCAACGCCAAAGACGGCAGCCCUCUGUCCUGGUGGUUGGACCGUGGAGGAGAGAGGCGGAGCUACUGGGGUGGCUUCCUGCCGGGGGUGCAGCAGUGCUCCUGUGGCCUGGAGGAGAACUGCGCCGACAUGAACUACUUCUGCAACUGCGACGCCGACAGAGACGCCUGGGCUAACGAUUCGGGCGUCCUGUCGUUUAAGGAGCACCUCCCCGUGACCCAGGUGUUGGUUGGAGACACAGAGCGGACGGGGGCGCAGGCGGUCGUCCAUGUGGGGGCGCUGCGUUGCUAUGGAGACAAGACUUUGUGGAACGCGGCGUCGUUCUACCAGGAGUCGUCGUACCUGUACUUCCCCACUCUCCAGGCCGAGCUGGCCUCUGACGUCUCCUUCUACUUCAAGACCAGCUCCCCGUCUGGAGUCUUUCUAGAGAAUCUGGGCCUGAAGCAUUUCAUCCGUGUGGAGCUGAGCGCGCCCUCUGUGGUGACCUUCUCCUUCGAUGUGGGUAAUGGCCCGGCGGUCUUGUCGGUAAAGUCUCCACGGCCUCUGAACGACCGACAGUGGCACUACGUGAGGGCGGAGCGUAACGUGAAGGAGGCGUCUCUGCACGUCGACCAGCUGCCCCUGCGAUUCAGAGACGCUCCAGCAGAGGGCUACCUGCGCCUCCGCCUCAGCAGCCAGCUCUUUGUGGGGGGGACGGCGUCGCAGCAGAGGGGGUUUCUGGGAUGCAUUCGGACUCUUGGCGUUAACGGUGUGAACUUUGACCUGGAGGAGAGAGCCAAGAUGACGCCCGGAGUGAGCUCUGGUUGCCCCGGUUACUGCAGCGGGUCGAGCAGCCUGUGUCACAACAGAGGGAGGUGCAUCGAGAAGAGCAGCGGGUACAUCUGCGACUGCUCCCUGACGGCAUACGGGGGCGCCACCUGCGACCAAGAGGUGUCCGUGUCCUUCGAUCGCGAGUCCUCGGUGACCUACACCUUCCAGGAGCCGUUCUCGGUGAUGCAGACGGGGAACUCUCCGGCCUCCGGCGUUUCCACGGAGACGCCGGGCCGCGUCCGAGAGGACGUGGCGUUCAGCUUCAGCACCACGGCGGCUCCGGCCAUGCUCUUAACACUCAACACCUUCAGCCAGCAGUACAUCGCCGUCAUCCUCGCCCGGAACGGGUCUCUGCACAUCUGGUAUCAUCUGAAGAAGAACAUGAGUCCUGAAGUGCUCAGCCCCAGCCCCAGUGACCUCGCAGACGGACAACUCCACAGAGUCCGAAUCCACAGGGUCAGCGGCAACGUUUAUGUCCAGAUCGACCAGGACGAGCACAGAAAGUUCACGCUGUCGUCGGACGCAGAGCUGCUCCUCGUGCGGUCGCUGACAUUGGGCAAAGUCACGCGGCAGGAGGCGUUCGGCGAGGAGGUGCGGCAGGCGGCGUCCAGGGGCUUCGUGGGAUGUCUGUCCUCGGUCCAGUUCAAUCACGUGGCUCCGUUGAAGGCGGCGUUGACCAGCAGGGGGAGCUCCGUGGUCAGUGUCCGAGGUCCGCUGGUCCAGUCCAACUGUGGAGUCCUGGCCGACUCUGCGUCUCACAUCAUGACAGACAAAGGAGCCGCCAAUAAAAGAGAAACUCAGAACGACUCGCCCAAGGACCUGGCUGUGAUCGCAGGUGUGGUCACGGCGGUGGUCUUCAUUGCGGGAUGUGCCUUGGCGGUGGUCACUCGUCUGGUGUUUCAGCAGAGGAGAGCCCAGAGGAGCAUGAAGGAGGAGCAGAGACAGAACAUGUACACGGACUACACCCCCACGGACCCCCACCUCCACCCGUCUGUGCGGGACAGCGUGAAGGAGUACUACAUCUGACUCCGCCCCCCGCAGAACGCCGCCACCACG